GAAACCUUUCAGAACCAUGACCACCCCCCCCCCCCGCCGCCACCGACCAUCUCCAUCUCCCCGCCGGUGGAUUUCGUGUUGGGGGCCUCGGCGUGCUGCAUGGCGUGUGUUUUCACCAAUCCCCUGGAAGUGGUGAAGACGCGACUGCAGCUGCAAGGAGAGCUGCGGUCUCGGGGGGACGUACACGCGGCACUACCGGGGGGUGGUGCAGGCCAUGGUGGCGGUGUGUCAGGCGGAGGGGCUGCGGGGACUGCAGAAGGGACUGACGGCUGGACUGCUGUACCAAGGAAUGAUGAACGGAGUCCGCUUCUACCUGUACUCCCACGCCGAGGACAUGGGGCUGACGCAGCAACCCGGGGGCAACGUGGCAGCAGGGGCAAUCGCUGGAGCACUCGGAGCGUUUGUCGGGGAGUCCGGCAUAUCUGGUGAAGACUCAUCUGCAGGCACAGUCUGUGGCUGCCAUUGCCGUUUGGACAUCAGCACAAUCAUCAGAGUGUCAGCUCCGCCUUCGAGACCAUCUACAAGAAGGAAGGAAUUCUGGGUCUGUGGCGGGGGGUGAACGGGGCGGUUCCGCGGGUCAUGGUGGGCUCAGCUGUACAACUGGCGACGUUCGCCAACGCCAAGGAAUGGGUGAAGAGGCGGAAGGUGAGGAUUUCAUAG